GUGAACUCAGCAAUUCUUGUUGUGGUCAAACGUGGGUUGGUAAACGUGGUUUAUUUACAUUCUAUUUCUUUUAUUAUGUUUAUAUUUACCAACCACACACUUCAAAAUGCAGGUUUCUAGUUUAAAUAAUGUAAAGAUUUACAAUCUGAGCCAUGGCAAAUCUCUUCCAGAGUGGUUGUCAGACAGAAAGAAAAGAGCUUUACAGAAAAAAGAUGUGGACGUCCAAAAGAGGAUUGAACUUAUUCAGGAUUUUGAGAUGCCCACAGUGUGCAGCUCUAUUAAAGUCUCACGUGAUGGACAGUAUAUUUUAGCUGCAGGCACAUAUAAACCCAGAAUUCGGUGCUAUGACACAUAUCAACUGUCUCUGAAGUUUGAAAGGUGUCUGGACUCUGAUGUGGUGACUUUUGACAUCCUGUCUGAAGACUACUCCAAGCUGGUGUUUCUGCAUAUCGAUCGGUACGUGGAGUUUCAUUCUCAGCACGGGCACUACUACAAGACCCGCAUCCCAAAGUUCGGCAGAGAUUUCUCCUACCACUACCCAUCAUGUGAUUUGUACUUCGUAGGGGCCAGUUCAGAGAUCUACCGUCUAAACCUUGAACAGGGCAGAUUCCUUAACUCCCUUCAGACAGAUGCUGUAGAGAUCAAUGUAUGUGAUAUCAACCCUGUGCAUCAGUUAUUUGCUGCUGGAACUUUGGAGGGGAAAGUGGAAUGCUGGGACCCACGUGUACGUAAUCGAGUAGCCUUGCUGGACUGCGCUCUCAGUAGCAUCACUGAGGAAUCUGCUGAAGUGGACAGUUUGCCUUCUGUCAGUGCUCUCAAGUUUAACGGCUCUCUGGGUAUGGCAGUGGGCACAACCACAGGACAGGUUUUGCUGUAUGACCUGCGUUCGUCUCGCCCCCUGCUGGUGAAGGACCAUUAUUACGGCCUUCCCAUCAAUUCCCUCCAUUUCCAUGAGCAGCUUGAGCUCGUGAUGUCUGCUGACUCAAAGAUAAUCAAGAUGUGGCACAAAGACAAUGGUAAAGUGUUUUCCUCCAUCGAGCCAACAACCAACAUCAACGAUGUGUGUGUUUAUCCCAACUCGGGUAUGCUCUUUACUGCCAAUGAAGACCCCAAAAUGAACACAUUUUACAUUCCUGCACUGGGGCCCGCUCCUCGCUGGUGCUCAUUUUUGGAUAACCUGACUGAGGAGCUGGAGGAGAACCCAGAGAGCACAGUCUACGACGACUACAAGUUUGUCACACGCAAGGACCUGGACAACCUGGGGUUAACACACCUGAUUGGCUCUCCUCUGCUGAGGGCCUACAUGCACGGCUUCUUUAUGGACAUCAGACUCUACCACAAGGUUAAAUCACUGGCCAAUCCAUUUGCCUACGAGGAGUAUCGAGAGGCGAAGAUUCGACAGAAAAUUGAAGAAUCUAGAGUACAGCGAGUACAGCUUAAGAAAUUGCCCAAGGUGAACAAAGAGCUUGCCAUGAAGCUGAUGGAGGAGGGAGAGGAAGAAGAUGCAGUGAAAUCCAAGAAGAAGGCUAAGGGCACCACCAGCAUCCUAAAAGACGAUCGUUUCAAGGUGAUGUUUGAGAAUCAAGACUACCAAGUGGACGAGCAAAGCGAGGAAUACCGCUUGCUUAACCCAAUCGUUUCCAAGGUCAGCCAGCAGAGAAGGAAAAAACUACAGCAGUUAGCUGAGCAGGAUGAUGUUCCUAAGAAUGAUGAGGAAGAGGAGCUGGAGGGACAGGGCAGCUCAGAAGAAGAGGAGAGCUCAGACGAUGAUAAGACCUGGGUGGAGGAGAUGAGGGAGCAGCGGCGUCUCUUAUGGGCCGAGCGGAAGGAGCGCAGGUUCAAAGAGAGAAAGCAACAGGACCGCAACACCAUGCUGCAGAGUUCAGACCCGGUCAGGAAUUCCAAACCAGGCCAGUCCCAGAGCCAAAACCAACCACGCUUCUACCAGAUCAAAGCCGGAGAGGAGUUCCGCAGCUUCGGGGACGUGGCACGCAAACAGAAGAUGCAAAAAAAAUCUCUGGAGGAUCGGCUGAAGAUGGAGGAACGCUCAGGCAUGCUAAACCUUGCUGACACUGCAGUAGGAAGCAAGCAGCUGACCUUUACUCUUAAGAAGACAGAGAAGCAGCGCAGUCAGCAGCAGGCUGAGCGUGAGCACCAUGAGGAGAGGAGGAAGAUCAGGAGAGCUGCCGGUCACCUUUACUCUAGAGGAAGAGGACGAGGAAGGGGACGAGGAAGAGGCAGAGGACGAUUCUAAACUCAUGACUAUACGUAGCCUCUGUCAUCUGGAGCAAACCACAUGUUCACAGAACUCCUGCCGUGGUGGAUCAGACACAUUUGUUAUUCAGGUCUUAAAAUACCUCGUCCUGCCACUGUGACAGAAGGACUGGAAGUUCAGUGCAAGUUCUGCUUUUCAUGUGGGAUUGGCAGGAUGACUUAAGAAGGGACAUGUGGUCACAUAAAACAGCGAUUAAAGCCACAGACGAUAAAGUUUUUUAAUGUUUUAGUAAAUGUGGGUGUGCGUUUGUGUGUAUGUGAACGCACGUCUGUAUGUACGUGUCCUUGUCUGACCCUGCUUUUCUCACAGUCCAGUCUAAACAAAACUUUGGAAGAUGGUAAUAAACCAAAAUAUAUUUUA